AUGUGCCAGGCUUGGAAAGAAUGGGACCGCGCCGCUCAGGAGGAGGACUCCGCCUUCUCCGACAGCGGCGCCUGCCUCCUCUUGCCGCCCGGCACAAACGCAGCGGCGGCGGACCUCAGCCGGGUCCGAAGACCAGGGGGCGGCGGCAUCAUGACGGGAUCCCUCAUCGCGCUCGCGACAGGGGCGAAGGAGGCCGCCAGCCUGGGAUCCCUCGUGCCGCGCGGGUUUGGCGACGCGUCACAGUACAGGAGGUCGGCCAAGCUGAUGACCUUCGCGGCCUUGGCCUGCUCUGCAGCUGUGUGCUCCCGAGCAGGGGAUAUAUCGAAAACCAGAUCACACAGGGAUACAGUUGCCGCGAUGGUACCCUGGCCUCGCCGUGCCAUAUGUGAUCUCGGAAGGAGGAGAAUUACGAGUACCUGA